AUGCGUCGCGGACGUCCAACACAGCAUACUAGAGCCAAAUGGAUAACAUACACAAGUGAAGGAACAGAGAAAUACUAUGAGCUAGAUGACAAAGGAAGAUUGGUGAAAACCGAUAAUUUGCUUGCUCCACAUCAUACAGCAGCAUUCAAGUUCGAAUUUAAGCCACCACCGAUCCCAGUACUAGUAAAACCCAGCCAAGUUUUUACUCCAAAUGUGAUUUUACCCUUAUUCAAUAUGUUAACUUUAAAUUCGAUACAGGAAAAGAUGAAAGAGCAGCCAAAAGUAUAUAUUCAGACAAUUAAUGAGAAACCCCCUCCUAAAUUCUUGGAUAUUAACCAACUACUUGUUUGA